CCCUUUUAAGGACGCUAGUGGGAAGCAGGAGAAUGACGUUUGCAGCAGCGAGCCAGGAGCUGCUCUCAGCGCCAGUGGAGCGGCGGGGAGGACGAGACACGGCUGUAGAGGUGAGCACAGAGUGACCCCAGCAUGCGUGAAUAUAAGCUUGUGGUCUUGGGCUCAGGAGGUGUGGGGAAAUCUGCACUGACAGUCCAGUUUGUUCAGGGUAUAUUUGUCGAAAAAUAUGACCCCACAAUAGAAGACUCGUAUAGAAAGCAAGUAGAAGUGGACGGGCAACAAUGCAUGCUAGAAAUCCUCGACACAGCGGGAACAGAGCAGUUCACGGCGAUGAGGGACCUGUAUAUGAAGAAUGGGCAGGGCUUCGCUCUGGUCUACUCCAUCACGGCACAGUCCACCUUUAACGACCUGCAGGACCUGAGAGAACAGAUCUUACGGGUUAAAGACACAGAGGAUGUGCCGAUGAUUCUUGUGGGGAAUAAGUGUGAUCUGGAGGACGAGAGGGUUGUGGGGAAAGAGCAGGGACAAAAUCUUGCUCGUCAGUGGAAUAACUGUGCCUUUCUAGAAUCCUCCGCCAAAUCAAAGAUCAAUGUCAAUGAGAUUUUCUACGACCUGGUCAGACAGAUUAAUAGAAAAACGCCGGUGGAAAAGAAGAAAGCCAAGAAGAAGUCUAACUGCACACUGCUCUAAAAUGCACAUACAUAACCACCCCAGCAGCAGCUCUGAGCCAGAAUGCUGAAAUGAAGACCUGUUGCCCUACUGGCCAGCAUUCCAGCCCCAUUCAACAGUUAUUGGAAACAGUGUCGGCAAAGGCAGAAAACGACUAAGGUUUUAUUCCUUAGUUUACAGAAAGGAGUGAACAAGAGAAAGAGAAGUUUGUCUUCUCACACACUCUCCAUUUCUGCUUUUCCUUCCCAAAAAAUCCUAACUUUCCCCCACUUCCUUUUUCCCCCCGUCUCCUACAGAAAUGAUUUGUCUUUCUCGAGCGCUUACGAUUUUUGCAAUUGCCAUUUUUAAAGAAGGACUAUAGAAACAGGAAUAUUACAUGUUCAUUUUGGGGAGUGAAUAAUGUGCUGUUCAUUAAUCACUUCAACAAGCAUGGGCACAUUAAAAAAAAAUCAUAUUAAUGUUUGCAAAAGUCAAAUCAUGUUACAUGUUUUUUUGCCCCACCCCUUCAUGACCAUGUCUCUGACUCUUCCUAAUCUUCACUCCAGAAGUAGAUCUGGGGCCACAUGAGGUUCCUCUGUUUUUUCCCCCAUUCAUCUGGACCAGCUUCUCAAAUAACGUUUUUUGCCUGAGUGACUUUGUUUUAUAUUUGACGUCUCAAAGCUUUCAUAUUUCCCAUAAUAUAUUCUAAUUCCAUUUUUUUGCAUAGAGAAGCUUUGAAAAAAAAACUUUUAUUUGAGAGAUGGGGAGAAGUAACAAAUGGGUUUCUGUGUCUCUCAUGAUGAAAAAAUAUAUUGUACUAAAACCAACUCUAAUAUUUCUUCUUGUGUUCUGUCACACUCAGAGUGGUAAUAAUUUUCCAACUUUUAUGAACGAUUAAAUUUUAGUACAUUUUCAUUAA